AUGAACCAACCGACUUUCAUGGAGUUGCUGAUGCAGCACAUCAAUGAGCAUAUCCGAGUAGAGGACGAUGUGGCGGCGUCGACCACGAAGACAAAUCAGGUGGCAACAAACAAGAAAGUGGCUGGAAAAGCCCACGCGGUCGGACAGGAGACAAACCGUCCGAAUGAUCACGCAAAGGGAUCUGACCACGGUCCGGAUCGUAGAAAUCGAGGUAAAGGUUGCCGCAACGACCAAACAGACUAUCUCCGCGAUGAGGCGGCAGAUGCAAACAAAAAGUUGAAUGCUCGGACGGGCGUCACCACAGUUUUUAAGAUUCCAAUCUACCACAUACUUAGUGAAAUCCGCGACCAGGUUUACGUCCGAUUUCCAGCUAAGUUAGACGAUGUGCAAAAGGGCUUCAAUCCGCGGUACCACUGCACAUUUCAUAGGGAGCGAGGGCACCGGACAGAGGACUGCUUGCCCCUGAAGCAACACUUGAAGGAGUUAGUUACUGCCGGUCACUUGGACUGUUACUUCGAUGGGGGCAUCAGGGCCGCGCCCCGCGCACCGGCUGAGCCAAGUGGUUCAAAUGACCUAAGGGCACCCCCCCAGGGAGUGGUCAAUGUGAUUCACGGUAUAGUAGAGCUGGCGCGGGUAUGUGAGCUCCAUGGGAUGAUCAAAAAAGCAGAACAUAUGAGGGAAGUUUUGUCAAUCCAGCUCACGAUCAAAAGAGGCAAGACCAAGGAGAAAAAUAUGCUUAGCUUCUCAAGCAGGGAUCUUGAGCUCAUUCAAACGCCGCACAAUGAUGCCCUGGUGGUCACCCUUCGUAUCAGGGACUUCAAUGUUAAGCACAUCCUGAUCGACCAAGGUAGCUUGAUCGAGAUCAUGUACUACAACGCCUUCAAGCAGCUCAAACUCCGAGAUACCGACUUGGCUCUGGCAACUUCACCACUAGUGGGUUUUAACUCGUAA